AUGGGGUUCAAAUUUACUCACCUGUGCGAUCUACUAUCGACCCUCGAGAGUAACAGGAUCGUGAAAGCUCCUCAUGAGGCCAAAGCCACGGAUCCCGAUGUUCAGGCCGUGACCCGAUGGUUCGCCCAGCAUGAUAAGCAAAUCCGUGAUAAGAAUACCGACCAGUUGGCCCUCUUGUCUUGCAUGUUCCCAGAGAAACGCAUGGACCGUGUUUAUUGGCUACAAGCGGCAUCGUUGGAGAAAGUGAUAGCACGCUGUCUGCUCCUGGGGAACUCCCGGCGCCAGGAGCUUGAGCGUUGCUGCGUCUCCGGCGGCAUAGACCUGGGGCAGUCCGUGGAGAAGGUCAUGCGACAGGCCGAGAAUCAUGUCAUCAGUGGCCAAGAGGUCACGGUGGAAGAGAUUGAUUAUGCCCUGGCGAAGAUUGCUUCACGAUGCAAGUUCUCCGGUCCUCAGGACUCCUUUGAGACUGCUUUAAGCACGCUAACCUCGGGCCCAAUAAGCCAUUUCCCUCCACACCCUGAACCGGAUUUAGCCAAAGACCUGGGACUCAUAGCCUUGCAGUACAUCAGCCCUGAUGUUGGAGUGAAGAUAGGACGCCCGGACUACUAUAAGGCUAGGAGCAUCAAGCAUUGCUGUCGCAUGAUUGGCAGCCGCCGUAUGAGUAUAGAGAGAAAAUAUGACGGUGAAUACUGCCAGAUACAUAUUGAUCUUUCCAGGCGGUUAAAUCCCAUUCAGAUCUUUUCCAAGAGUGGCAAAGACUCGACUAAGGAUCGGGCCGGCAUCCAUCAAGUUGUCAGCGAUUGUUUGAAGCUAGGAAUGCCGGGUUGCAAAAUCUCCCGCCGAUGCAUUCUCGAAGGUGAAUUGCUCGUCUGGAGUGACAAGCACGCCAGGAUUGAGGAUUUCCACAAAUUACGUAAAUUUAUCGCUCGAUCUGGCACCUUCAUUGGGAUAGGAAAUGAUUCGCCGCCGCAACCGUAUGACCACUUGAUGAUAGUGUUCUUUGACAUCCUGCUCAUCGAUGACAACGUCUGUCUGAAGCUUCCCCAUCGAGAACGACGGCUGCUCCUUAAAGAUACCAUUCAACCCAUCCCAGGACGCGCCGAUAUCUCUGAGCAGUGGGUUUUGGACUUCUCUCAUUAUGACGGUCAGUCGCGACUCGAAAGUAUCUUUCAGAAAGGCAUACAUGAGCGAUGGGAGGGGUUCGUGCUGAAAGGAUGCGAGGACCCCUACUUUACAAUCUUUCCCCGCGAAGUAAACGGUUCCUCCGGCCACUGGAUCAAGUUAAAGAAGGACUAUAUACCGGGACUAGGCGAUACCGUGGAUCUUGCAAUUGUGGGUGCAAGGUUCAAUUCUCGCGAUGCCAUGGCCCUCCACCAAAUCAAGAAAUUGUUAUGGACGGAGUUCUUCAUUGGAUGCCUCGUCAACAAAGCAGCCGUUGUACAGUUCGGUGUCACACCGAAGUUUCGGGUGGUGGAUUCCAUCAACUACAACUGCAUGAAUACGAAGCAUAUGCAGAUACUUAAUCGGUUUGGAGAGUUUUCCGCCUGCAACACAGACUCGGGACAUGGGUUCUUGCUUGAGUACGGGGAGAGUAUCAGCGCAAGCCUGGACGUCGUCUUCAAGACCCCCUUUGUCGUUGAGAUGUUAGGCAGCGGCUUCGAGAAGCCGUCAGGGGCCAGAUAUUAUGUACUUCGCUUUCCGAGGAUUACGAAGAUCCAUUCCGAUCGAUCGUUUGAGGAUGCAGCAUCAUUCUCGGAGUUGCAGGUACUGGCGGAAAAUGCCCGAUCUGUUUCCAACGACGAGUUGGAUGGACUAGAGCACGAUUCCGCCAAACGCCUAAAGCUGGGAGAUCCCGCAUUGGACUACGGUGCGGAUCAAUCACAGAGUCUUAAAAAUACAGAAAGCUCUCUUGUCGACUCUAGGUCUAUCGGGGCUAGCGAAAGUCUGGGUAGGGAGGGAUCUGCGCCUCCUUCAAACAGUGUGUCUGCUUCUCAAGACACUCCACGUGAUUCUAUGAGAUUAACAAAACGUCGUCACGAAACCAGCGCCAUGCAACGUACCAUUCCCAUACAUGAGGACAAGGACAAGGACUCCUCACCACCAUUGAAACACAAUGUUCAUGGCCAUUACUUGACGGACAAUGAGAAUCUCUCUUCCCAUACAGCAGGGCAAAGGAAAGACUCGGCCCCAACAGACGAAUCGUCUCACAAAGAGAAAUCUUCUCGAAGAAGUGGAGAGUCUAAAGUCAUAAAUGACCCAGAUGAUCUAGACAAAGGCUCUAUAUCACUACCUCACCCUUCACAAACCGACGCCUCCCAACCAGACUUCAAUCAUGGUCCUCCUGAGAACGAAGUCGUCACGGCUAAGCGCUCCCAGAAACCAAAACCACGCAUCCAGUCACCACUGAAGCACAUUCCUAUAUACCUCCACCACUCACCCCCAGAAGAAGGCCCUACCACUUUUCCCAUCCCAGACACAUGGCAAACAUCAUCCACUCUCGACACCUUUCUCCAAACACUGCUAUCCCCAGCUUCGUCAUCCCUUCUCAAGAAAUCCAACCCCCACGCCUCCUCCCAAAACACAGUCUACGGACUAAUCAUCCUCCCCGGCAAGCAAAACGCCCUAGGCACAAUCCUCCCCAACCUACGACGAACACUCUCCAAAACCCUACAACCCUAUAAGCCGGGCCACCCUCAAACCGGCAAAAUCUUCAUCCUCGACUCAAACUUCCUCAACCUCACCACCACAACCCACGACACGCGGGUUUGCCUCCGCCAGACCUGGGAAAACAUCAGCAGAGAGUCCUUCUACGCUUGUGUGAAGUGGAGCUUCCGGGAAUCUUCGAGGCGCGCAGGAGAAGCUCCUGACGUAUCAAAGGAAGCUCAGCUCCGAAGGCUCAGGAUGAAAGUGAGCUUUGAUAGACGGGAGCUGGGGAGCUUGGGGGAGUUUAGCUCCCUGGAGCCUUUGGUUCAUAUUGAGAUGGGGUUAUCUAUUUCUUGAGUUUUACACUAGUCUCCUGUCUUGGAGACU